AUGGUUAACUCUAGUGCACCAAUGCCAUGGAUAGGCCUAUACGCUGCAGCGGCAUCUCUUGUGUGGGUUGUUGCAUUAAUUGCUGAUAUAAUCCAUUCUAUCCGCCAUAAAAAGUUAUGGUUCCCUUGCAAAUAUUCUGCUCUAAAUGCUACUUCCUUGACCGUGAUAGCUGUUGCAGUGAAGUUGGCAAUGGAUUUAACGACAUCUAUGCCCGGUUCCAUGGACCAGUUUGCAAAAUUUAGUAGCACUGCUUUGUUGUCCGCUUCAACCAUUCAUUUUAUGCCUUCUCUAGGAUCCAUGAAUGAUAGAGAAAUAUUGACAAACUUGACAGCCUUGGGUAUCCUCAUACUGACACUUACAGUAAAUGUGAUCAUCCAAGUGUUCACAGGAGUGAUUAAGCAUAAGAUGAAAGUAUUCCAAACUAUGAUUGUGUUUCUACAUUUUUGUACUUUUAUUAUACUUAUUUCAUCUGCUUUAACGGUUUCUGCUAGUAAAAGGUAUUUGGAACAGAAGUACAAAACAAUUCAGGGAAGAAUAUUAGGAGAGGAACUGCAAGGAAACCAAAUAUUUGACUUUGAAAAGUUAAAGUUGCGUUUGAAGAAGUACUGGGUGAUGGCGACAACUAGUAGUCCCCAAUUUGUGAUGGCACGAUCUGAUGCCUGCUACAUUCUUGGAUUGAUCUCCAAUGUUUUUCUUAUGCUCCUGUUUAUUGAAUCAGGCAUAUACCCCCUUGGUUGGAAAAAUUCUUCAGAUUAUAAGUGGUCAGUAACACUUAUUUUUGUGACUCAAGUGUUGGCAGCGUUUCUUUGCCUUCUAACCUCUUUCAUAAGAUUUCUACAUGCUUUACUUCUUAAUAUAAGGCAUGUUCGGAAAUUUGUUGCGUCGGUUAUUUCAUUUGACAUGCAGACCUAUGGGAUUAAAAGACUAGUGAACUGGAAAAAGAGACCCCCACCUUCACAAGUUCGAGGGCAAAAGGUUAGAAAAAUCAUACAUGUCCUUAGAAAUCUACUUCUCAAUAUUGGCAUAGGAGGUCAAGUAGUAAUUGUGAUUACGAACAAAUUACUAGUGCUAAUCUCAAUUUUUUUAGCUGUCUGUUCCAUUCUCUGGUAUGCAAUCAUGUCCUCUUUCAUGUUAAUAUUUCUUUCACCAUUGAUCAUCUUGUUGUUUAAGAGGCCGAGAAGGAAAAUUAUUAGACUUCUGGUGAGGCUGAAGAAGAAACUCUUAGGGGAAUAUGAGGCAUCAGUCAAUCCCAAUGAAUUAACGCAGGAACUUAGUUUCGAGCAGGAUCUAAGAAACUUUGUUGUACUUGUUGAAGGUGAGGCAAUACAUGAUAAAUACCUGAAGUUCAUUGACACCUCUAUUAAUUCGUCCAUAACGAUGGGUGCAAUUAAUCAUCCUAGAUAUCUAAUAGAACUUUUAGAGAAUUCAACCAGCUUUAAGGGGGUAUUGGAUUUUGAGAGUGAUCAAGUCCCACCUAUACUUGGUAAAGAACCUCCACAUUGUUGGACUCUGCCCAUAGUAAUCCUAACAAGUAUCAUGAUUGCUCUUCCAAACAUUGAACAGCGGAAGAAGAAUAAGUGGUUACAGAGCGUGAUUGAAGGUUUCAAGUACGCACGCCUUGUGGAAAAAAAUCUGGACGAGCAAAAGAAAUUGGUGAGCAGCAUGGAUGCUGCAGAUUUUGUGUGGGCUGGAGCUGAAUUCGAGCACAAGUGGUUAGAUAUAGAUCUUCAAAAAGUGGCACGUCUAUCGAAUUCCUACGUGGAAACUCUUCAAACUCUUGCAUACAAAAGUGAGGAAACUUUGAAGGAAUUCACAAAUAAAAUGGAGGGAAAUACGCCGGAAAGGCUUGUUAAUUUAUCUGAAGAUAUUGUAGUUGCUAAUUCAAUGUACAAAAUAAGCAGCACUUUGCUGUUGGACUAUGCAGAAAGCAGCCAUUUGGCCCAUUCACAAUCUGAUGUCCACGUGUUUCAAAAUUUGUCCGUCAUGGUUGCAGAUAUAUUCGUUGCGUGCCUCACCAAUUUACCUUAUGUUAUACUCAUGAAGUGCUACAACAGCACCAUAGAAGAACGAGAGGCUAGUGUGGAGGAAGCAGCUUGCCUACUGGGCGAAACUCAAGGCAUUCUAAAAGCUCUUCAGAAGCGUGAAAUUCCUAGUCUAUCUCCUGAUCGAUCAGUGUAUAUUGAUCAGUGGCGUGCUUUACUCAAACACGGUAACAAUAACGCUUCCACCUCAACUUCCAGUAAUGAAAAUACAAUUACUGUUUCCUCGGAGGUGCAUUUCGAUGUACAAGAAAUUCAUUUAAGUGCUAUAGAAGAUGAAUUGACAUCAGUAGCCUUUGAAACCCAGGAGGACAAGACGGAGCUGCGGAUGAGAGGGGAAGCAGAAGAGACAUAUGACGGAAAAGAGGAUGCUCAAGUAUAA